UUAUAAUUCUCGGAGGUGAUACCGUCGUACGCUGGCAUACUCAGGAAAGGCAGCAAGGAUAGCGAGGGAUACGCGGAGUGCGAGGUGGAUGAUACACAGGAACGAUGUUCAAGUGCUGCGUGUGUAACAGCGCGUCGAAGAAGGCGAACGCCGAGAGAUCGAAAGCGGAAGAUGACACGCCGGUCGGGUCGCCCAGGCUGACCACGGUUUCCGCCAAGGUGGACGAUGAGAUUAAAUUUGUGACGAAGGUGGAAAAGGUAAACGGCAACGUGCAAAAGUCAGAGAAGACGUCCCUGCUAGAGGAUGCUUCAUUAGAAAAUAAGGAUGCCUUGUUAGAGGAUAAGAAUGCCUCGCUGGAGGACAAGAAUGCCUCGCUAGAAGAUAAAGAUGCUUUGCCAGAGGACAAGAAUGCCUCGGUAGAGGAUAAAAAUGCCUCGCUAGAAGACAAGAAAACCGCGGUAGUAGAUAAAAAUGCUUCGUUAGAGGACAAGAAUGCCUCGUUAGAGAAUGAGAACGUCUCGUUAAAGGAUAAAGAUGCCUCGCUAGAGGAUAAGAAUGCCUCGUCAGAGAAUAAGAAUGUCUUGUUACAGGAUAAAGAUGCCUCGCCAGAGGAUAAGGAUGCUUCGCUAAGAGAUAAAGAUGCCUCAAUAGAGGAUAAGAAUGCCUCGCUAGAGGAUAAAGAUGCCUCGCUAGAGGAUAAGAAUGCCUCUCUAGAGGAUAAAGAUGCCUCGCUAGAAGAUAAAAAUGCCUUGUUAGAAGAUGAAGAUGCUUCACUAGAGAACAAGAAUGCCUCGCUAGAGGAGAAGGACAUGUCGCUAGAUUUCACCCUGUUACGCGCCGAUUCCGCGAUGAGUCCGUGCGAGAUUCCGCAGAAUGGAAACAUCGACGUUGAGGAGAGCUCGAGUUCGACUUCGACGAAGGAAACGGUCGAGGAGGCCGGCGAGGAAACCGGCGACCGAAUCGUUGACGAUAAGGAUAGCAAUUUCGACGGCGUCGCCGAAGAUUGGAUGGUGCCGAUGGAGGUCGUUCCUAUUGGUGCUGUUGGUCCCGUCAAAAUGAAUCUUUACGACGCAUCGGGAUAUAUAGAAAGGACGAUCGAUGACGGACCGGAGGACGAAGGCGAUGACUCGGUAUUCGAAGCUGAAAACGAGAUGAUCGCCAAGAAGGCGCCAGAAGUUCCCUCGAUUCCACGUUCGCUGUCGGAGGAAGACGACGGCGAGUAUGUCUCGGGUGGAUGCAGCGGUAUGCAGGAACCGCCGGCGACGCCCGUCGCCCGCGACGAGUUAGCUUUAAGACGGCACAGAUUCUUCUCCGAUCUGUUGCAAGCUGCGCAGAAUUCGACGGAGCACCGAGUGAGAUUCGACCCGCUAGGACCGAUGGUGCACCCCGGUUGUGAGAGUUCUGAUAAAGAAGAGCAUCUAGAAGAGUUGGUGAACCGAUUGGAAAACGUAACGAGACGACUCGAAAAUUUUGCAGUUCAGACACAAGACACUGCUGUACAAACGAGCACACCUUCCCCGAAGAGAUCUACGUCGUCAGGAAGUAGUUUAUCUCUGUCAUCGAAGCAGGAAACUAUUCCGAAUCCACCUACAAACAUGUCUGUCGCCGGAUAUGAGGAUCUUUUGGCUGGGCCAGUUAAAGAGUACCUGCAAUUAAGUCAAAAAAUCGGCGGUGAUGUAGCUGUUCACAGCAAGCUUGUGGAAAAGGCUUUUCAGAUUCAGCUUCAGUUUAUAAAAAUGGCGGCGAGUCGUUCCGCACCGACGAAUCAAUCUGAACAAGUAUCUUUAUUCACGCCUAUGUCCGUACAGAUACAACAGAUACAAGAAUUUCGCGAGAAGAAUCGUGGAUCUCAAUUCUUUAAUCACUUAUCAGCAAUUAGUGAAAGUAUCCCAGCCUUGGGAUGGGUCGCCGUGUCUCCUACGCCAGCUCCCUAUGUAAAGGAAAUGAAUGACGCCGGUCAAUUUUACGCUAAUCGUGUAUUGAAAGAUUGGAAAGAAAAAAACAAAAUACACAUAGACUGGUGUAAAGCGUGGGUGCAAACAUUAACUGACUUGCAACAGUACGUUCGUCAACAUCAUACGACGGGUUUAGUAUGGGGAAAGACUGCCGCACCUGCGGGUAUACCUGCGGGUAUACCACCCCCUCCACCACCCUCGAUGCCGAUUGGAGAUAUCGCACCGAUGGUGAAUGACGACAGAAGCGCCCUUUUCGCUCAGAUUAAUCAAGGAGAAGAUAUCACGAAAAGUUUGAAGAAAGUCACCUCAGAUAUGCAAACGCAUAAAAAUCCUGCUUUAAGAUCCGGACCCGCACCGUUUAAAGCACCGACAGUCAACGCGGCACCGACGAAAACUGUGUUGCCAGCGAACGUGCCUAUUGACAAGCCACCUGUAUUUACUAGAGAUGGCAAAAAAUGGCUCGUGGAGUAUCACAAGGGUGAAAAUUUAGUAAUCGAUGACGUAGAGAUGAAUAACGUGGUUUAUGUGUUUCGGUGCCAAGAUAGCACACUUACUAUCAAAGGCAAAAUAAAUUCCAUCGUCAUGGAUUCCUGUCGUAAAUCGUCCGUUGUGUUUGAUUCCCUGGUGUCCAGUAUCGAAUUCGUAAAUUGUCAAAGCGUACAAAUGCAGGUUCUUGGAAAGGUACCUACAAUUUCCAUUGACAAAACGGACGGUUGUCAAAUGUAUUUAAGUGCGGAAUCCUUGGCUGUUGAACUUAUCACCAGCAAAUCUAGUGAAAUGAAUGUCAUGGUGCCCAAAGCCAAUGGAGAUUAUAGCGAGUAUCCGGUACCGGAGCAAUUUAAGACUACCAUUAGCAAGAACGGUCUUAGUACUAUGGCCGUCGACUCACUUGGUUAAAAGCACGAGGAAUUUAUUUGUAUGCGUAGCCUACGCUAUCUUCUUAACAAUAUAAUUAAAGGUAUGAUCGUCAAAGAUAUUAUCAAUUUAUUAAUAUUAUUAUUAUUUAUUAUCUUCUGCGAAUAAUGUGCGGAGUUAAAGAAAAUAAUAGAUUCAGUACUGUAUAUCUCGCUUAUGUGUAACGGAUUGGCUUUGAUCAUAUAUUAUAUAUUACUAUGUUCCUGAACGUGUAAUAAGUUGUACACAUCAGAACGAGAUUGCAUUCGGUAAUUAGCGGUAAUAACGUAUUCAUUAAAAUCAUUUGAGAAAUUUUAUCCCAUUUGAGGAUCCUUAAAUUGUCAAAAUAUCAGGCAAACGUGAAUUACAUUGAAUCAUUGAAUAGGAUAUCUUGAAUCAAGAUAAUCAACUUUUGCAAAAGAUCAAACUCUAAUGAUUGUAAUAUAUCUAGCGGAGUUUUUGUGGAUUAUUGCGGAAUUUUUUUUUUGUGGAUAGGUAUUUGUAUAUUUUAAGGUCGAAAGUAAGAUGACAUAACGAUGAUGUUAAACAUAGUAUGGACAAAAGUUUUAUCGUCUUCGAGUCGCUCUUUUAUACAUUUACACCAGUUUUUAUCAUACAAGAAGUUUUGCUCAAACCUGUCGUUGCACAGAACUUCCUGGUACACCGAAUGGAAUGAACAUUGUACAUGUACAACUAUCAGGAACCAGAUAUACUAGGCCUCUGAGCAUUACUCCUAAAUGGUGUCGGAUGCCAUCAUCACUAGUUCGAUAUGCUUUGCCUCUAAUCUUAUUCUGUCGAGUUCAGUAUUAUAUGAUAUUUAUAAAUGAGAUAUCAAGUGAUCGAGAACUGGAAUAGAAGUUUAACAGUGUGACAUUUAACGAGAGUACGCUAAUACUAAUAUUACUUAAGUAAAAUCACUUAAGUAAAGUAUUAAAUGAUGACAUUUGUAAUGAACAACAGCGACGUCAUAAGUAUUGUUUGUUUGUCCGUAUCGCACAAUUUGUAAUAAAUACAUAAUUACUUGAUCUAUUUUUAAUCUAAUAACAGUAUUAUGAAAUUAUUUACAAAAGUUUUUAUUUAAACGUCAAUAUGUACGAUAUGUUUACUGUUUCUUGUGGAUAUAAUUUUUGGUGAUGAAUCUGACUAAUAAAGCUAAUAAAGUGAAGUUGUAUAUCAUU